UACUCCCACCCCCUCCAGCCCUGCGCCAAUGGUGAGCGGCGGCAGCGAGCGGGUCAGUGCGCGCGGGUCGGUGGGAAUUGCGCCCAGGCUGUGUGUACGUCUGUUGCCGUAACAACGGGCGGAGCAGUCUGUCGGCGAUGGCCUCGAACUUUAAGAAGGCAAACAUGGCAUCAACUACCCAGCGAAAAAGGAUGAGUCCUAAGCCAGAGCUUACUGAAGAGCAGACACAGGAAAUCCGGGAAGCUUUUGAUCUCUUCGAUGCUGACGGAACUGGGACUAUAGAUAUUAAGGAACUUAAGGUGGCAAUGAGGGCCCUGGGCUUCGAACCCAAGAAAGAGGAGAUCAAGAAAAUGAUAAGUGAAAUUGAUAAGGAAGGGACAGGAAAAAUGAACUUUAGUAAGUUUCUGACUGUGAUGACUCAGAAAAUGUCUGAGAAAGAUACCAAAGAAGAAAUCCUGAAAGCUUUCAAGCUCUUCGAUGAUGAUGAAACUGGGACGAUAUCCUUCAAAAAUCUAAAACGUGUAGCCAAGGAGUUGGGCGAGAACCUCACUGACGAGGAGCUGCAGGAAAUGAUUGACGAAGCGGAUCGAGAUGGAGACGGAGAAGUCAAUGAACAAGAGUUUCUGCGCAUCAUGAAAAAGACCAGCCUUUAUUAAGAUUGUUCUCUCCUUUUCUAUUGCAAGCACACAUAACUAGAUUUCGUGCCUGCCAUUGUGUGAAACCUGGUUUUCGAGAAUAAAAAUUGUUUUCUUUCC